AUGUCUUCAAACAAUGACAAGUCCAACACAACAUCCCCUGAAGCCACUUCAGAUUCCAAGACACCACCAGCAGCAGUAACGCGCCCAUCCGGAGGCGCCCGUUUACCCUCGUUGACGCAACUGGCGGCGAGAAUCGCCCCAAGCGCACCCGCCUCGACAAGUUCCUCCAGCCGACCGCGGCUUGCUGCGAACAUAUUGCGCUCAAAUUCCCAAGCCUCUACUAUAACCACAGCCUCUGCACAUUCCACAGACUCUACGGCUGUGAACCCACCGACUACCCGUCCGGUUUCUCCCACAGCGUCCGAUUAUUCACAGACUUCAGUUGCUGUCUCAUCUACUCUGGAUGCAUCAAAGACUGGAUCAGCACCACCUGAUGGAAUACCCGCGCCCAUUGUUGACAAAGAGGAAAAGCUCAUCAGAGGAUACAAGAAUAUCCCGAGCUUGAAUGCUAUUACAGAGAGGAUGCAAAGAGCCAAGCUCGAGCAGGCACAGAAUGCCGCAAAUGCUGGCGCACCCUCUGCAAUCGUUGUCACUCAGCCGGAAAGCGCAGAUGCCACUCCAACGACGGAAGAACAAAAGCCUCUGCCAACGGAUGCAAAGGCAGAAUCACAGCCAGAAGAGCAUCCAUUGCAACAUACUUGGACGUUAUAUUAUGAUUCAAAGGCCAAAGGACCUCCUUCCACUCCAUUCUCAGCCAAUGCUGAGCACACCAAGUUUCCAACAAAUACAGAAGGUGCUGCGUAUGAGGCCGGUUUGACGGUUGUCGGCGACUUUAAGACGGUCGAAGGAUUCUGUCGCUACUUUAAUUGGCUCAAACCACCGUCAAAACUAGAGCGAAGCAGCAACUAUCAUCUAUUCAAAGAUGGAAUUAAACCGAUGUGGGAGGAUCCAGCAAAUGCUCAGGGUGGCAAAUGGGUGCUCACCAUCAAGAGCAACCCAAACCUUCUUGACCGAUGUUGGAGCUGGCUUGCAAUGGCGCUUGUCGGUGAGGAAUUGGACGAGAAAGACGAGGUCUGCGGGGCCGUUGUCUCGCUUCGAGCCAAGAUUGAUAGAAUACAACUCUGGACGAGAGGAAAGGACGACGUCGAAUCUAUCAAUAACCUCGGACGCAAGUUGGUCAAGCUGCUAGACGUUGGAGAGGAGCAAGGUGUUGGAUUAGAAUUUCAGUAUAAUACAGAGGAUCGGCCUACGCCAAACAAAUUUAUAUCAAUCCAGUCUCAGAACGCGUAUACGGGCUACAAGCAAUCACCUUUGUCGGCAGUUUCGACUAGCUUUAAUCCUCCCUUCAGUCCGGAUGGGGCUUCUCCCGCAACUCCCAACGGACCAACCCUCCCCUUGAAGAGUCAGAAUGUGGCUGCUUUGGAUGCUGCUACAGGUGGAGGCGGCGCGUUUGGCACUUGGAGGUCCAAGCGGGCACAGGCGGCGGUAGACAAGGAGUAG